GGUAUAUAACCAAGUGAUUCGGAAAGUCUGCUUCAAAUAGUAGACAACAAUGCGGCUUCAUUUACUUCUAGUAUUUUGUCCAAUUGUUUUAGUGUUACUACCGAUUGCUUAUUCAUGGAGUGGGAAUUUUUGCAAUCGACUCAUUUGUGGCUGGAGAUACGAAUGGAGAUGCGUCUAUAGAACCUGGAAUGCAUGCUGUGGAUGGAGGAGGGUAAAGGUCAACUAUUACUAUUAUCAAUAUUUCUGUUGUAACGGUUGGACUACAACUACCUACCAAAACUGUAAUAGAGCGAUUUGUACACCACCGUGUGGAAAUGGUGGACAAUGUACAUCACCUGGUCAGUGUAACUGUACAGAUGGAUGGACAGGCAAUCGCUGUUAUGGAGCUGCAACAUGCUCUUAUGAUUUCCCCUGCUAUCCAGGCGACUGUCAGGGACUUAGCGGUACUGGAUCAUGUGUCUGUUCUUCGGAUUUUUCUGGAAGUACUUGUUUGACAGUCCAAGACGAAUUAUUGAAGCCAACAAUAAAUCGCUGCAAUGCAACAUUCACGUUUCAUGACUACUCAAAAAAUAUGGAUAUGUAUAGUUAUUUUGGAGAUGCUACAGAACUGGAUGAAACUUAUACUCUCUGGUCAAAUCAAAAAGACUUUAAUAUUUUGGACAUGAUCAUUGAAGUUCAAUAUGACACAGAGUAUGAUGGUUCUCAAUUUUUGCCAGACUAUGUGUCAAACAUGACACUUGGAGUCAUCAGCGCUAAAGUGGACACAGAACAUUUCAAAUUAGGUCCAGGUGGUGUGGAAAGUCUCGAGAAUACUGUAACAUAUCCAUGCGCUGGACUUUCUAGUGAGGAUCCGAUUAGCAAUCGAGUUAUAGUAUGUAAGAUGGAUGGUACAAAUAACUUCAGAGUUGAUUCAGCAGACAGGUUUGUGUUAACAUUUAGUGCUACUGCUGGAGGAUUUCGAAAACUGAAAAAUCAUCAAACAAAUGUUGUAUAUUCUCCACAGUAUUACACCGAAAAAACUACGUCAAAUAAAAUUGAAUUUAAAUUUGACUACGAAAGCCCAAUUCAUUGCAUUGAAGACAGCGAACCAUGCUCCGAUAAACCAUUACAUGUCUCACAAGAUAUUACAAAGAACAGCAUAACUCCAAGAUGGGAUGGUUGGAAAGAUGAGUUGUCUCAGGUUGUGAGGUAUUCCAUUGAAGUUUGGAAAAUGGAAUAUAGCAAGGACUUUGAUCACCUAAGAGAGCCUUUGAUAACACAAACAACAAAUCCGAUUCCUAUUUUUAUUCGAGAGGUAAACGUGACCAAUACCAAUACCAUUCAAUAUCCAUUAUUUUCACCAACAGAACCUGGAGUGUAUUCAUGUAUUUUGGAAGUCAGUGAUAGAGCAAAUAAUACGCGAUACGCACGAAGAUUUGUUUUAUUUGAUAAAACAUCAACAUUAACAACACAAAACGAAAACCCUAUAAAAUGCACUACUGCUUCGUCGUCAACUGGUUAUACAUGGCAAACUAACGGGGACAAAACUGUAAAAAUAACGUGGAAAAACCAUUUCAUUAAUACUGUACAUGCAGACGGUCAUUUUCUUAGUCCAGUAGGGCAAUAUGUGGCGCGAUUAUAUGAUGGUGGUCGCAGAAAUGACUACAAGAACAUUGAGAACAAAUUUGACGAUUACGAAGGGAAGAUGAAUAGAAAUGGAAUUAACAACAUUAAUGGUAUAGUAAAGUUUGAAUUUGCCUAUCAAUCGCCGUUUUCAAACGUUUCUAAUUUAAGUUGGACGGAUCUAGGUUUAUUUGAGAAUAUCAUAUUGACGUUACCAAGUAGUAAUGAUGGAUUUUCACAAAUGUUUUGGGUUCGUUCAAUUGACGCAAUUGGGAAUACUAAAGAAGAUACUGCAGUCGUUUAUUUUGAUGCUUCAUCACCUUCAAUUGGUCUUCCGAUUAUGGAUUAUAAUGUAGAAAAUGGACGAUACAACUUUUCUAGCAAGCAAGUAUUUAUGAAUAAGAGGAUGGAGUAUGAGUGGCAAUGA